CAGUCAACAGUCUACCUCAGGAGAGAGUCGAGCCCAGGCCCAGUCCGCGCUCUCUUUUUCCGUAGUAGUUGUUAUAGAGUGACAUGAUGAGUCAGCAGGACGAAAAGGACAGCGGCAGAGACUCAAAGGAAGAUGAAUAUUGGGUCCACGUUUCACCAUACCCGUCAGAAGGACAAAUAAUUUCUCCGUCGGUGCCAUACACGAGCGCCCUAAAUGCGCCUCUCGCCUGCGGCCACAUGAUAGUCCUGGACGGCGAAGUAAAACAGGGCGCUGAGAGAUUCCACGUUGACUUAAUUUGUGGUCUGUCAAUCAAGUGUGAUGUCGCAUUGCACGUGAAUCCACGCUUUGAUGAAAUGCGCUUGGUCCGCAACACGAGAACCAAUGAACGGUGGGGCGAAGAGGAGUCGUUGGUGCCUUUUAAGUUGCCACUCCGCAAAGGCGAGCCAUUCUAUAUGUACAUUUUUGUGGCAGAGUCGAAAUUCCUCGUUGCUAUCGACGGGCGACACAUUUGCACGUUUCAAUUUCGUUUGCCCUUGUCGCGAGUCAAUGCCGUGCACGUAGAGGGAGACGUGAAACUGUUCCAGCUGGAACAUCGCCAGAACGUGAGCGAGUAUCCUAUGCCUUCCUGUGCCAUUGCGGCCGCCUCUUUGCCCAUUCCCACUAGAUCCUGCCCAGCAAACUUAAGUUCAUUCUGCAGCCACAUCGUUGGACCGGACACACCAUUUUUGGGUGACAUUCCGCAAGGACUUGCUGUUGGCCACCAUGUGGAGGUUAAAGGCCGAGUAAAACUUUUACCGCAUUCGUUUGCUAUUAACCUUCAAAAAGGCAAGACUGUUUGGCCGCAGCCUCCAAUUAUUCUUCACGUGAACCCACGGUUUAGAGAAGGACAUGUCAUAGUGCGCAAUUCCUUGCUAAAAGGAGCGUGGGGCCAUGAGGAGAAAAGUGGAGGUUGUCCACUGAAGCCGGGACACUCGUUCCAUGUCGUGAUAAGCUGUGAACCAAAGCAAUUUAAUAUUCUUAUCAAUGGUACAACGUUUGCAACCUUUAAGUACCGCUAUCCGCUUGAGGAAAUAGACACAAUUUCAGUGCAAGGUGAUGUCAAAAUAACUGAUAUUUACAUUAGGUGAUCGCGAAUUUACAGCUGUCAUUUACUAUUUUAAUCCUAACAAUUUUGAGCUUUUUAAUUCUGAAAUCAGACUCUAAAUCCUUUUUAUUGUCUUUAGAAGCAUAUCAGAAUACUUGAACUUUAUCAAAGUGAGAAAUAUUUCCAAUAAUUUAUCUAAUACUUUCCAACAUUAUAAAAUAAACAAAUGGCUGUGAAACUCGAUAUACUUUGCUUAAGGUCAAACCAUCAGCCACUGAACACAAUUUCUUUUUUAAUAAAGCCAUCUAAAACUCUU